AUGGUUGAUCAGUUUUAUGCUGGGGCUCAAUGCGAAAAUAUUGCGAUAUUUCGGCACUCCCUGACUGAAGAGGCAGUUAUGUUCUAUCAAAUUGAGAAGCAACUUUUGGGAUAUCUGAUUGAUAUCAAUGGAAAGUCGUCUCGCUUAUCUGACAGAAAAUGCUUGCUUGGCUGCUGUAUCUUGGACAGCAAGUUAUUUGGUCACAUGUCCUUCAAAGUGGAUGAGAUCAAGCCUAUGGAUAAUCCUCCUGGACCGGAGGUUUCGGAGGACUGUGAAAACAAGGAUCAAGAUAUCUUGAAUCCUACAAGCGCUAAGCAAAAAGCGUGCACUAUUGGACAUUCACAUGUGUUGACUGCUCCGCUCCACCUGGUGUUUGGUGGCCUGGUGUCUCCUGCAUCGACCAAGAGACUUGACAACCAGCGAGGUCGGGGUGAAGUGGGACUUGAUGAUGGACCCCUGUCGUUGGCCCUUGUAUGGGUCGUUCUCUGA